GAAAGAAGAGAUUACUCAAAGAAUUUCUGAAGUUGAGUACCCAGUUGUAGUGAGCUUUUUGAUCAACUGUUUCAGGCCAGAAUGGCUGUGGAAUCCAGAGCAGUUUCAACCCUGCUACCUCAAAAUCCUCAGAAACAAGAACUGAUACUAGUGAAAGUAGAAGAAAGCCUUUCCUGGGGUCAGAAAUUAAAGCAGAAUGGGAGUACCCAAUCCUGCCAAGAAUUGUUUCGCCAGCAAUUCAGAAAGUUUUGCUACCAGGAGACACCUGGGCCCCGGGAGGCUCUGGGCCGCCUCCAGGAGCUUUGCUAUCAGUGGCUCAUGCCAGAAUUGCACACGAAGGAGCAGAUCCUAGAACUGUUGGUGCUGGAGCAGUUCCUGAGCAUCCUGCCUGAGGAACUGCAGGUCUGGGUUCAGCAACAUAGUCCAAAAAGUGGUGAGGAAGCUGUGACUCUAUUGGAGGAUUUGGAGAGGGAAUUUGAUGACCCAGGGCAGCAGGUCCCAGCUAGUCCACAAAGACUAGCAGUACCAUGGAAGGAUUUGACAUGUCUUGAAGCAUCCCAAGAGUUAAAUAUCCAACUCCAGCCUUUAAAGACAAAGUUGAAAUCUUGGGAACCUUGCCUUUCGCCCACAAGUGAUUGUGAGAACAAUGAAUCAGCGACAAAGAAGGACAUUUCAGGAGAAAAAGCAGGACUUCCCCAGAAACUUUCAGUCGGAGGAGUUAGUGAACACGAAAGCAAUUUAGAGUGGCAGCAAGGAAGGGCUUCAGGAGAGAAAUUAGGACGAUCCCCUUCCCAAGGAGGCACUUUAAGUCAAGUAAUCACACACACAUCUCUAGGAAAGAGAGACCAUCAUGAGCCUCAAAGAAGCCUGGUUCUAAGUACAAACUCUGUAACGUAUCAGAAACUUCCUACAGAAGAGAGACCUUAUAGAUGUGAUGUAUGUGGGCACAGCUUUAAACAACAUUCCUCUCUAACACAACAUCAGAGAAUCCAUACUGGAGAAAAGCCCUAUAAAUGUAACCAGUGUGGGAAGGCCUUUAGUUUGAGGUCGUAUCUUAUUAUUCAUCAGAGAAUUCAUAGUGGUGAGAAAGCAUAUGAAUGUAGUGAGUGUGGGAAAGCCUUCAAUCAGAGCUCAGCCCUCAUUAGACAUCGGAAAAUUCAUACGGGUGAGAAAGCGUGUAAGUGUAACGAAUGUGGCAAAGCAUUCAGUCAAAGUUCAUAUCUCAUUAUCCAUCAAAGGAUUCAUACUGGUGAGAAACCCUAUGAGUGUAGUGAGUGUGGGAAAACCUUUAGCCAAAGCUCAAAGCUUAUUAGACACCAGCGAAUUCACACAGGAGAAAGACCUUAUGAAUGUAAUGAAUGUGGAAAAGCUUUCCGGCAGAGCUCAGAGCUGAUAACCCAUCAGAGAAUACACAGUGGAGAGAAGCCUUAUGAAUGUAAUGAGUGUGGAAAAGCCUUCAGUUUGAGCUCAAACCUCAUCAGACAUCAGAGAAUUCAUAGUGGAGAGGAACCUUAUCAGUGUAAUGAAUGUGGCAAAACGUUCAAAAGGAGCUCAGCCCUUGUUCAACAUCAGAGAAUCCACUCUGGGGAUGAAGCUUAUAUAUGUAAUGAAUGUGGGAAGGCUUUCAGGCAUAGAUCAGUCCUUAUGCGCCAUCAGAGAGUCCACACUAUAAAGUAACUUGUGAAUAAAAUGAAUAUUGUAAAUACUUCAGUCAAAUUUAUAUCUUUGUUAGUCAAAAGGGUUUACUUUGAACAAGACUCCAUGAAGGUUGUGAAUUACUAGGUCCUGAGUCGGUCUAACUAUGCAGCACUUCUGAGUGCGUCUGCAUACGGCCCCCUGAAAGCUUCCUGUGACUAGUCAGAACAGCAGGUGGAAGAACCGCUGCAUUCAGCUUUUCUGUUCCCAUUAGGAAUCCUUAGGAAAUAGGAAAAAUGGGACUAGUAUAUUGAAACCAUUUUCCAUGAGAAUGUCAUGAAGAGGUACACAACCCAAGUUUGGUCACUGCAUCUGACUUCUGGUGUACCAGGUUUGGGG